GUCGUACGCGAAGCAGACGUCGACUGGAACCCGACCAAGACGGAACAAUAUUCGUCGAUCCGCGUUCAACGGUUUUUCGGUACAGGUACGCACCGUGCACGGCCGGUACACGCGCGGCGCAUACUCUCGCGCCCGAGAGCGCUCUCCUUCCCGGCCGGUUUCCGCGUUAGUCCACUUCUCCCGCGGCAACUCGCGACGACGACGUCGACCGCUUCUCAAUUAGUCCCACGUCGCGGAGACCGUAAGACGCGCGUACGACAAUCGGACGUCGCACAACCCCCGGUCCGCACCACAACCACGAUCGCGGCACGAUCGUCGGCGGCAACCAGGAACACACCGCCGUGCAAAUGGAGUCGCUGAAGUUAUGUGGCAUCGUAAUAAUUGUAUGUGUUGCGUGUUCGGCCAGCCAGACGAGUCAGGAGCAUGCUGCCGUCACUGCAACUAUAGAAGAAGUACCACAAAGACCCAUGACCUUAAAAAAUGGAUACCACCCGGGGUUAUUUCCAUUUAACAAGGGUGAACCGUUUGUGGUAGACCCUAACAUGGGUUCUAUUGAUUUUAACACGAAACCCCCGAACCAGAGAUCUGACGAAUAUUACGAUUACGAUACCAAGUUGGAAGAGGUGCCAUACGAUUACAAAGGUGAUCCGAUAGACAGAAAAGACGUAGUAGAACCCAAUUUACCCAGGCCCAACGAUAUCAAACCAAACAACAAUAAAAACAAGCAGACGGACAUCUAUCAGUUUUUAAACUUACCCGUGAAGUACAGCUCAAGUGAUAAAUUUCCUUUGAUGUCCAGCUCUUAUGCCAACACAAAAGUUCAAGGAUCAGGCUCGUCUUCACUCAGUAAUCACAAGAUGCCACAAACUUCAACUUCUACAACGGUGCCAACAAACUUGUGGUACAAUUCUAUUAAGACUACAGUCAAACCAACAACAAUUACCCGGCCUACGACUACUCCCGCAACAACCACGACCACAGCAACAACAACAACCACAACUACAACCACAGCCCCACCACAAGAAUAUGAAGAAGAAUCGAAUUAUGAUUACGAUUAUUUUCAUCUACAAGAAUCAGCUUCGUCUGAAUCCACCGUAGUUACCACUUCCACCACGAAUAAUCCAACAACGACUGUUCACCACAGCUCACCAUCUUUCAUCACACCUGAACCGACUACGACUACGUCUACAACUACUACCCCAGUCUCUUCGACAACAUCAACAACAACGGAAAAACCAUACAGCACUUCAGUAGUUUUAAACAAAACAUCAGGUAUAACAACUACUUCUAGACCAGAAAUUGAUUCUAAACUAGAUGGAACAUCAUUCGCUGAUUACGACACUAUUAAGUCAACGGUGAAAGAACACCAGGAGUAUAGCCAAAAUUUCAAACCUUUACCUGGAAACUACCAAUUUGACGAUAAAAAAUAUCCAUUAAUUACUAACAGUAAAGUACCAAUGACUUUUACUGCUCACGUUUCAUCUGGCAUAUCACUGAACCAAAAAGAACACUUAUCAAAUAUCAAACCUCCAGUCCCAGUUUCAGAAUCAGCAUAUUCAUCUAGACCUUUGCAGCCAGAUUCAAAUAAACCACACGAUUCAAAUAAACCUCAGGAACCGAAGUACGACAAUUCAAGAUUGACACCGAGCAUCCAACCUGAUACAUCAAUAAGCUCGCCAGAGUCAUCGACCUAUUUAAAACCCAAACCGUCAAGACCGAACAGCAAUGAUCAAUUUGAGACAGUUUACUACAAAAUUAGACCGGAAACUUACCCACAACAAUUUACGAGUACCAUCUCAAGCCGGCCGGUGAAUCCAUCAACUCAAAGUAGACCUUAUCAACCAGAAUUGCCUUUGGUAAAAACUUCUCACAUAGAUAUAAAUAGAAAACCUUUAAAUAGUGAACUUCAAAUAUCUCAAGGACGGCCACAAUCUUAUCCAGUGCAGCCAGAAGUGUACAUGAAAAACAAACCUCAGUACACCCCACCACAAAGCCAGCCUGAUACAUCAAAAUUUAAACCUCCCAAGCACGUAAUAAACCAUUUUAUAAAAACUCAACCGAAUGAAGACAACAAAAGUUAUGCUCUACAAACUUCUUUUUCGAUCGGUAUGGAUGGAGAACGGACAGAAACACGUCCACAAGGUAUUGGUCAAGUAUUAAUGGUCGAAGACAGUUCUACCGAAACCGUUGUUAAUCAAACUAUACCGGUAAGACCUAAGUCAACUACAUCAAUUCCACUGGUUCCUCCACCAAGACCUGUUCAAAAACAACAACCAUAUCCAAGACCACCGUGGGAAAACAUACAAAAACCGCCCUCAUAUUAUCCAUCUCCAAAACGCGAUAGCGUACCACCGCCUCAAAGACAAAAUUUGCCCAAUAUUUUACCUCAGUUCAGACCAAAUGCUAAGGUUGAUACAGCACCAAUGGUACCUCAGUCGCAUUCUGCAACUAUUGAAAGGGUUCAAAUUCCGACGGAUCAUUUAAGGCCUCCACCUCUUCCCAAACCUCAAUUCUUAAAAAUAGAUAGAACUGAUGAAAAUAUCGAUGAAGAAAUAUUAGAUAUUCCUGAAAAAGAAACGAGAAUCUUACAGAGAAUUGGACCGCAACCUGCAAAAGUAACUACUUUACAAAUGAUUCAACAUGGCGCCCCGGUGAAUACAAAAGUACGAGAUGACAAUAAAGAAAAUCCCGUGCAUAUUAUUUAUGCAGCGAACUCCCCCCCAAAACAAUCUGAAAAGUUAGUAGAUGACUCUGUAUUACUUGACAUAAAAGAUAGAUCAGAUGUUCCAAUACUAAAAACUAAAACUAUUAUUAACAAACCCAUAAAAACCGACUUUCCAUAUCAAAUUGUAAAACCCGAUGAAAAUCAAAAUACAUCUGCAUUGGAAUACAAUGCAUACAGUCCAACAAAAUCAGAUUAUAUUAAACCAAAUAAUGAACAAGAAUUAGUGCCUAACCUUCAAGAUUACGUUCCAAUAGCAACCCGUGAUUCAACUUCAAACAUCGCGAUCCCGCAAAAACUAAUUUCAGCUACAUUAAAAACAUCAGAAGAUAAUAAUCAUAAGUCAGUGGAUGAAGGUCACAAGCCGUUGCUACAAAAUUUUCAAAUACCUUUCCAACCAAGUUUAAAAUUACCAGAAAAUAGUAAUGGCUGGUCAGUAGUGAGAAAAUCUCAAACUGAUAAUGCUUCCGAAAGAAUAGAUGAAACUGGUGAUGCGAUUGCAUCCACAGAAAAGUUUGAUCCAGAUAAUUUUAAACCACAACUUGUUGGAGGUUUUAUGCCAAUAAGCUCUCCUGUAGAAGAAACCAAAGAAAAAAAAACAGAACCAUCUGAGAGAGCGAAAUGAUCUAUAAGAGUUUAAAAAUAUUCAUAAUAAUAUUACACAUUCAA